AACAGGUUUGCUUCGAGCAAACAAGACGAGAGAUUGUAGGAAGAUAGGUAGCGAGCAUGGAGAAUAGUGGGAAGGAUUACGUAGACCCGCCGCCGGCACGGUUGUUGGACAUGGAAGAGCUCAAGAGCUGGUCCUUUUACAGAGCUCUCCUAGCCGAGUUCGUUGCUACCCUUCUGUUUCUUUACAUCUUAGUUGCCACUGUUAUCGGUCACAACCAACAAACCGGCCCUUGCGACGGUGUUGGUCUUCUCGGUAUUGCUUGGGCCGUCGGUGGCAUGAUCUUCGUUCUCGUCUACUGCACUGCCGGCAUCUCCGGUGGUCACAUUAAUCCGGCCGUCACGUUCGGGCUGUUCGUCGCCCGGAAGGUUUCAUUGGCUAGAGCGGUGGCGUACAUAGUUGCACAGUGCCUGGGAGCUAUUUGUGGCGCAGGUUUAGCCAAGGCAUUCAUGAGGCACGCAUACAAUAUGUAUGGGGGCGGUGCCAACACUGUGGCUCCCGGGUACUCGAAUGCCACCGCUUUGGGAGCCGAGAUAAUCGGAACUUUCGUCCUCGUCUACACCGUUUUCUCCGCCACCGAUCCCAAAAGAAGUGCACGUGAUUCUCACGUCCCUGUGUUAGCUCCCUUGCCAAUCGGAUUUGCUGUGUUUGUGGUGCAUUUGGCCACCAUUCCCAUCACCGGCACCGGGAUAAAUCCGGCUAGGAGCCUCGGUGCGGUCGUGAUCUACAACGGUGAAAAAGCCUGGAAUGAUCAGUGGAUAUUUUGGGUCGACCCUUUCAUCGGAGCGAUCGCGGCUGCGGCAUAUCAUCAAUACAUUCUGAGGACUACGGCCAGCAAAGCUUUGAAAUCCUUCCGCAGCAGCCCUGUAAUCUAAAAACGCCGAUCCCCUUGGAUGUU